AUGGGGACACCUAGGGCAGUAAAAAGUCAGGCUAUAGCAUAUUUAUUGGCACAAUUUCCAGGAGAGGAAGAAUUCCCGUUGGAUGAUGAAGUUCCAGGGGAAGUAGCCAUGGCAAAAGAAUUCAGAGAACAGUGGGUAAUGAAAUUCGAUGGGUCUUCUACUACCCAUUCCGGAGGGGUAGGAGUAGUUUUGUAUCGUGAAGAAGACAAGGUAGUGGCUCUGUCAUUUAAGCUGGAAUUUCCCUGUUCAAACAACACAGCUGAGUAUGAAGCCUACCUAACUGGGCUUACCACGGCUCUCGAAAUAGGAGUCAAACAUUUGAGGGUAUUAGAAGAUUCGAACUUGGUUGUCUGCCAGGCCAAGGGGAGCUUUUCCUUGAAGGCGCCUAGCCUAGACCCAUACAGAGCGAUGGCCCAAAGAAUGGAAGAAAAAUUUUUAACCUUCGAAAUAGAGCAUGCUCCGUGA